AUGGAUAAUAAUUACGAUGAUUCGUCUCCCAAUCAUGCUUCCGAUAAUCAACCAUACCCACCACCGCCUAUCGAUCGUAAGCUACGUCGUUUGUAUGUGUCUGAGGAUGAUGCCUCGGAUGCUGCAUCAACAGCACCGAAUUCCACUUUACAAUCUGAGUCGGAAACGAAACGACCUACUGCUUCACUAAUAAGAACUGGAGAUUACCGUUCUACCAGCUCACUUGAUUCAGAUCAAAGUUCUUCUCUUCAUGACUUGGACUCACCUGUCGAUUCAUCAGAGACUCAAAGCCGUGCCCUGGCACUUGCUUCUCAUAAAAAGUCCUCAAGACUUCUACUACAUGGGAAUCUAAGCAUUUGGAUUUACGAGGCAAAAGACCUUCCAAACAUGGAUAUGUUCCCUACAACGAUGGGUGAAGUUUUUUACAGAAGUCAGAACACUAGUGAUCCAUAUGUCUCUAUUGCUUUAGCAAGUGCAGUGAUUGGAAGGACAUAUGUGAUUAACGACUGCGAAAACCCCGUUUGGAAUCAACACUUUAACGUUCAUGUUGCACAUCAUGCUUCUGAACUUCAUUUCCUCGUUAAAGACAGUGACACGGUGGGAUCUCAACUUAUAGGAGUUGUGGGAAUCCCAGUUGAACAGAUAUAUGCUGGAUCUAAAAUUGAAGGAUCCUUUCCUUUGUUGAGCCCAAAUGGGAAACCUUACAAGAAUGCAGCAUGUUUGGGGCUUUCAGUGCAAUACAUUCCGAUUGAAAAAAUGAGCUUAUAUCACAAUGGAGUUGGAGCUGGUCCUCAAUAUUCCGGGAUUCCUGACACUUACUUUCCACUGAGAAGAGGUGGGCAGGUUACUCUGUAUCAAGAUGCACAUGUCCCUCAUGAUAGCCUUCCAACUACUGAGAUUGAUGGUGACAUGCGCUAUGUUCAUGGUACAUGUUGGAUUGACAUAUUUAAUGCAAUUAAAAAAGCCCAGCGUCUUGUUUAUAUCACUGGAUGGUCAGUAUGGCACGAAGUGCGACUGGUCCGUGAGACAGCAGAUGCACCAACAUACACACUUGGAGAUCUUCUGAAAACCAAAUCACAGGAAGGUGUUAAAGUUUUGCUUCUUGUUUGGGAUGAUCCUACUUCAAGGAACAUCAUGGGCUACCAAGUGGACGGACUCAUGGCUACCCAUGAUGAAGAGACUAAGCGUUAUUUUAAGCACUCUUCAGUGCAAGUGAUGCUUUGUCCUCGGAUGGCUGGGAAGAAACAUAGUUGGGUCAAGAAGCAGGAAGUUGGAACUAUCUAUACGCACCACCAGAAAACUGUGAUUAUAGAUGCUGAUGCUGGAAAUGGUAAGAGAAAAAUUGUAUCUUUUGUUGGAGGACUUGACCUAUGUAAUGGUCGAUAUGAUAAUCCGAAGCAUCCUAUAUUCAGAACACUAGAGACAAUACAUGCAGAUGACUUUCAUAAUCCUACUUUCACGGGUAAUCUUGCUGGUUGUCCAAGAGAACCAUGGCACGACAUGCAUAGUAAAAUUGAUGGACCAGCUGCAUAUGAUGUUAUGAAAAAUUUUGAGGAGCGGUGGCGAAAGGCUUCAAAAGCUAGUGGCAUAAAAAAACUGAGGCUUGCAUAUGAUGAUGCUUUACUGAAAUUAGAAACGAUGCCAGAAUUUUUGACUGUGAAUGAUGAACCUUGCCUUAGUGACCAAGACCCUGAAGGGUGGCAUGUACAGAUAUUUCGUUCAAUUGAUUCAAACUCGUGUAAAGGCUUUCCAAAAGAUCCCCGGGAAGCUACAAACAAGAAUUUGGUUUGUGGGAAGAAUGUGCUUAUUGAUAUGAGCAUACAUGCUGCAUAUGUAACGGCUAUUCGGUCUGCACAACAUUUCAUCUAUAUUGAGAACCAGUACUUUAUUGGAUCAUCAUACAGCUGGAGUGCUUAUAAAGAUCUGGGUGCCAACAAUUUGAUUCCAAUGGAAAUUGCCCUUAAAGUUGCUGGUAAGAUCCAAGCACACGAAAGAUUUGCUGUGUAUAUCAUCAUCCCUAUGUGGCCAGAGGGUGUUCCGACAGGUUCUGCUACACAAAGAAUUCUAUUUUGGCAGAACAAAACAAUGGAAAUGAUGUAUGAGAUUAUCUACAAGGCUUUGGUGGAAGUUGGGCUGGAGGAUGCACAUUCACCACAAGACUAUUUGAAUUUCUUCUGUCUUGGGAACCGUGAAGACACGACCAACAAGGAUGAUUUGCCCAAUGACAAUACUCCCGAGGCACUGGCACGUAAGAGCCGGCGAUUCAUGAUCUAUGUCCAUUCAAAAGGCAUGAUAGUAGACGAUGAGUAUGUGAUUAUAGGAUCUGCAAACAUUAAUCAACGGUCUAUGGAGGGAACCCGAGACACAGAGAUUGCAAUGGGAGCUUACCAACCACAUAAUACGUGGGCAAGGAAACUCAUGGAUCCACGAGGCCAGAUAUAUGGAUAUCGAAUGUCUCUGUGGGCUGAGCAUCUUGGUACUAUUGAUGACACCUUCACGCAUCCAGAGUCUCUUGAGUGCGUAAGACAGGUCAGAGAAAUGGCCGAAGCAAACUGGACCCAGUUUGCUUCGAAUGAGAUAUCCGAGAUGACAGGUCAUCUCUUGAAGUACCCUGUUCAGGUUGAUCGAACAGGCAAGGUACGUCCUCUCGAGGGAAGCGAAGAGUUCCCUGACGUCGGUGGUCAAAUUAUCGGGUCGUUUCUCGGAAUUCAAGAGAAUUUGACUAUUUAAUGUGUCUUUUUUUUGUCCUUUACAUUUU